UGAGAGCCAAACAGAUCAUAAGGGUUAUAUACGAGCGAUGUCAAGACGAAAGUGUAAACAUUGCUUGAUUCUGUCAAUGCUAAGCCGUUUCGUAUCAACGUCAAUGUUUUCAUGAAUUCCACGUAAGAAUGCACGAUGAUAUUAGCGAGACGUCGCAAAUCGCGAAAGAAUUACCUCAUUCUCACAUUGAUGACGCAAUUGCCGGCGCAGUGAGCGGUUUCGUUACUCGUUUCACGUGCCAACCCCUCGACGUUAUCAAGAUCAGAUUUCAGCUUCAGGUUGAGCCGAUAACUGAUCACUAUAUAAGCAAGUACCGUUCAAUAACGCAGGCCUGUACACUCAUUGUAAAGGAAGAAGGAGUCUCUGCAUUAUGGAAAGGUCACGUCCCUGCUCAGCUUCUCUCCGUUGUUUAUGGAACAGGAAAGUUUACAUCGUACAACCUUAUCAGUAAACUGGCAAAUGACUACACGUUUCAUGACCGAUGGCAUCAUCUAUUGCAUUUUCUGGCUGGUGCUGGUGCCGGCAUAUUUGCAACCAUCGUGUCAUUCCCAUUUGAUACUGUAAGAACAAGAUUAGUUGCUCAGUCUUCUAAUCAUCGUGUAUAUCAAGGAAUAUUACAUUGCGGCAUAGAGAUUGUACGUACUGAAACUCCAAGGACAUUUUUUCGAGGACUGUGGCCGACCCUGUUGCAAAUUGCGCCUCAUUCAGGGCUUCAGUUUGCCUGCUACGCGUUUUUUACAGAUGUCUACAACCAGUACACUCAUCAUUCGGGACACAACUUUGCCACUUCGAUGAUCGCCGGUAGUGCGGCUGGUCUAGUUGCCAAGACUGCAGUUUAUCCGCUUGAUCUCGCACGAAAGAGAUUACAGAUCCAAGGCUUUGAGCACGGGAGAAAAGGCUUUGGAAAAUUCUUUCGUUGCAACGGAUUCGUUGAUUGCAUCGUUGUCAGCAUCAAGACUGAGGGACUCAGGGGAUUAUUCAAGGGGCUUUGGCCUAGCCAAUUGAAAGCUGCAGCUACGACUGCUUUGCAUUUUACAGCAUAUGAGCAGGCUCUGAUGUUGCUUAAUUCCCUCCGAUAACGUGUUGGCAAAACACAAAAAAAGGUCUAAUAAUCAAAGACACAAAACAAGCCUUGUGAAAGUAUGAGACUUGUGUUUCUAGUCAUACCAGAUGUACGGUUUGACCGAUUCCAAUAUCAUUUUGGAUGUUAGAGUAUUUCAAAAAAUGAAAAUGUCUAUAAUAUUUUGAAUUUCAUUCUAUUUACUUGCGAUUAAGUUGUUUACAUGUUCAAGUAUUGGUCAAAUUAUCGUCAAUUUUUACUUGAGCUGUAAUUUUUUUGAUACUGAAGCCACCAAAGAUGUAUGGAAGAAUCGACAACGAUCUGUUGACUGUACAAAACAGUAUAACGUGUACUCUGAAUGAUACAUUUAUUAUUAAUAAUAAUUAAUAAUCUCUUACGUUAUAGAAUCAGCUUAGUCUACGGAAACAUGCUACUUGUUUAUCGACUUAGUCUACGGAAAUAUGCUAAUCGUAAAAGUAUACAUAAUAGCACACUAUGUAUGCACUCUAAAUAAAUAACUACACUCUCCA